AUGCCCGAUGCGAUGAUCAUUCAAGUCAAGGCAUUAAUCUCGAAUCCCAAGUCUUCAGAAGACAUCAUGGAACGCCAAAUCCUUCUUGUCGAAUGCAAGCGUCCAUCCAGAGACACACCGUUAGGCUGGGAUGAUACCAUUACCGGCCAGUUCCUCGAUGACCUCUCACAAACCUUGAAUUUUUCCGAAAGACUUUUCGGAGCUGUUGCUAUCGGCAAGAAAGUGAAGUUCUACCAAUUUGACGGGAAAGCACAAGUCGGUCAGCAAUUGGCUCCACUUCACCAGGGCAUUUUGGAUAUGGAUGACCCGAAUGGUUGUUCACAGGUCGAGGGUAUGAUGAACCAUAUCAAGGCAAAUGCGUGGCAGUGGGCUAUUAGCCUCUAG